UCUGGGGUGAGAGCCAGGUUAUAGAAGAUUGGCUUGGCCAGUGGACGGUGGUGGUUCAAGAAACAAACUGCUUAGUGCUUAGCUUUCAUUCAAUCAUGGCUUCUAUUCUAUCCUUUCCUCUCCCAAAACCAAGCUCAGCCACUGUUAUGCCUAAAGCUUCUUCUGUUCCAAUCACAUCGUCUCCUCCUCCUGCAGAGACUCUUGACCAGAGGUUUGGUCGCAAAGGCAUUAAAUUCUUGGAGUCCGCAGGAGAUGUUCCGACGGUUGAGCUGACUGUGAGAAAUGGCAGCUCAGUAAAAGUUCAAAUACCCAGUGGUCAUGUCACUUCUUAUAAGCCUAAAGUUUACUGGAAAGAUGAUGGCUUUGAGGAAGUCCUCUACACUCUUCCAGCAAAUGGGAAUUCUUUCAGUUCCCCUGCUCCUCCUCCUUCCAGAGGUGGUAUUGGUUUGGCAUUCAAUGACCUUUCCGACCCAAAUUCAAAAGGGUCUCUUCUCAAAACUUCUGAAUGGACCGUAAAAGAUGUUGAUUCUGAUUCUAUUGAUGCUGUGCAGGUUGAAUUGUGUAGCACCAGUGGAAGUCUGGAAUUAACUUACGUAGUUUCACUCUAUCCCUUGUGCGUGGCAACCGCAGUUAUCGUGAAGAACAAUGGCCGUAAAGCUGUCAACCUGGCUGGCGCCAUUCUUACGCAUUUCAGGAUGAAGGGACGAAGUGGAGCAGGUGUGCGAGGCCUCAAGACCUGCUCUUACUGCACCCUCCCUCCUUUAUCUUCGCACUAUGAGAUUCUAUCUCCAUCUGAAGCUGUUAAAACCGAGGAUCCUGGCUUCUUCUCUUUUGGCUGGGAGGCCGAAAAGAAACCAGGAGAAUGGAGUGUGCAAGGCGUUCCCUUCACAGUAUUGAAGCAUAAGCUCAGUAGAGUUUAUGCUGCUCCACCAGCUGAUAGAUUGAAAGAGUUCUGCAAUACCACACCUUCAAAAUAUGAGGUACUUGAUCAGGGCCGAGAGCUCUUCUUUAGGUUUAUACGAAUGGGUUUUGAAGAUAUAUAUUUGUCCAGCCCUGGUUCUGUCUCUCGGAAGUAUGGGAAGGAUUACUUUAUAUGUACGGGCCCUGCUUCAAUGCUGGUUCCGAUCGUCAUCAACCCUGGUGAGGAGUGGAGGGGGGCACAAGUCAUCGAGCACGAUAAUUUGUAAAAACCAUCAAUUUAACAGACAGCACCAAUUGAUUUUCGCCCUUGAGUUUGUUCUGAGAUGUGCAGAUAUUGAAAUAUGUACAUUGUAGCAUCAAUCUAUUUCAUGAAUCGUGAUAAUUGAGCAGUUCUUGGAUAACAACUUAGCGGGACGAUUCAUAUA